CAGACGGCUCGGGACUGGACCGCGAGCACAGGCCGAUCCGCGGGCGCCUUGAAUCCCCGCGGGACCCCCGCCCAGCUCGCCCGCCGGGUCCAGCCGCCUGCGCGCCCCACCGGUAGCUCUCCCCCCGUGCAUCUCCAUCAGCGAGCUCAGCAGACAGUGUACAGCCACCAUGUUCAGCUGGCUGAAGCGGGGCGGGGCUCGGGGCCAGCAGCCCGAGGCCAUCCGCACGGUGACCUCAGCCCUCAAGGAGCUGUACCGUGAAAAGCUGCUGCCUCUCGAGGAGCACUACCGCUUCGGGGCCUUCCAUUCACCAGCGCUGGAGGAUGCUGACUUUGACGGCAAGCCCAUGGUGCUGGUGGCCGGUCAGUACAGCACGGGCAAGACCAGCUUCAUCCAGUACCUGCUGGAGCAGGAGGUGCCCGGCUCCCGGGUGGGGCCUGAGCCCACCACCGACUGCUUCGUGGCCGUCAUGCAUGGUGACACCGAGGGCACCGUGCCUGGCAACGCCCUCGUCGUUGACCCAGACAAGCCCUUCCGCAAACUCAACCCCUUUGGGAACACCUUCCUCAACAGGUUCAUGUGCGCCCAGCUCCCCAAUCAGGUCCUGGAGAGCAUUAGUAUCAUCGACACCCCAGGCAUCCUGUCGGGGGCCAAACAGAGAGUGAGCCGCGGGUACGACUUCCCGGCGGUGCUGCGCUGGUUCGCCGAGCGCGUGGACCUCAUCAUCCUGCUCUUCGAUGCUCACAAGCUGGAGAUCUCAGACGAGUUCUCGGAGGCCAUCGGCGCCCUGCGAGGCCACGAGGACAAGAUCCGCGUGGUGCUCAACAAGGCCGACAUGGUGGAGACGCAGCAGCUGAUGCGCGUCUACGGGGCGCUCAUGUGGGCGCUGGGCAAGGUGGUGGGCACGCCCGAGGUGCUGCGCGUCUACAUCGGCUCCUUCUGGUCCCAGCCCCUCCUGGUACCCGACAACCGGCACCUCUUCGAGCUGGAGGAGCAGGACCUCUUCCGCGACAUCCAGGGCCUGCCGCGUCAUGCCGCACUGCGCAAGCUCAAUGAUCUGGUGAAGAGGGCCCGGCUGGUGCGGGUGAGCAGAAAUGGGGGGCUGGCUGAGCAGUAA